AUGGUCCUCCUUGCUGCUGCUACUCGUGCGGCUGCUCUCCUGCUUUUGCUGGUUGUCGCUUUUACCAUGGGACAUACUGAUCUGACGAUGAACCGAAGGACUGCACCGAACGCGGGCCGCUGGGGUCCCAAGUCCCCAGGGGGCGACGACGCGGAAGAUUCCUUGACGAUGACAAGCGCCCCAGACGCGAGGGUUGCAGCGUCGACCGCAAGCGCUGCUGAAGCCACCCAACGAGCGCCUCCCCUUGUUACAGCAGAGGCGAAGCAUAGCGGAGAGGCACUCGCGGCCCGACGCCGCCAGAACAUUGUGAAGAGAUCGUAUCGGCGAGCGCUCAGACGUGCUCAAAAGGCCGAAGACGGCACGACAUACUAUCGAGGACGCCGGCUACAUCUGCAACAGCUUGGAGCACCCAUGGAGCUUGGGCCCCAAACACAGCAGACGACCAGGCAGAGUCAGCCACCGCCAGGCACCAGGUUACGGGUUUUCUCAAUUAACUUGGGGGGCGUGUGCACCACCACUUACGAUAUUCUGAUGACAUGGAUGCAGGAGCACAAGGCAACCUACGACAUACUGCUUUUUCAAGAGGUGCACUAUGGAUUGGGGAAAGCACUCACCGAAUACACUGUACCGAACUGGCACAUUAUCUCGAGCCCGGACCCCCACCACCGCUGGUCUGGCGUCACAGUAUGUGUGUCCUCUAAGCUGGUUUCUCGUGAUGACAUCCAGUUUCAGGAGGUGGUCCCAGGCCGUAUACUCCAUGUUCGUCUGCCCAUCGGUUGCAAGCGACAGAGUACUUCUUUAGAGAUUGUGUCUGUAUAUCAGUGGGCUUGGGAUGCGGACCCGGCCCAAAAGCGCGCACAGAAGCGCCACCUGAUCUGGUCGAAGCUGAACCAGCUCCUUGGAUCCUUCCCAAGCAGGCCGCGACUGACCGCAGAGCCUGGCCUCUGCCGGAGUUCGCUCCGAGAGGCCCUCAGGCAGGGCACGCCGGAAGCCGGACAUGUGGAGACAUUACCGGACCAUGAAGCAGCACGGAGAGCCUUGGUGGAUGCAGUUUUGCAGGAAGCUGAGCAGGCUGCGCGCAAAGGGGAUAUGUUCCGUGAGUACGAGGCUAUUGUUGAGUACUUUGGUCGGAUAUUCUCACAGGGCUGUCCCGCAGUUCGCAUACUUGCCGGGCGAGAGGUGCACGAUCGGCGUGCCGGCGCGCCCAAGCCCACAGCCGUGGGAGCUGCCAUACUUUCCAUAGACAUGUCGAAGGCUUUUGACCAGGUAGAUCAUCAGUAUAUGGCUUCCGCGCUCCGAUUCGUGGGUAUAGACGAGGAUACCAUUGCCAUUAUCCUUGCGUUGCACCGCGCAGAGUAUCAUGUGCGCCACAAACAGCAUGAGGGCACCAUUGCCCUCAGAAAUGGCAUAAGACAGGGAUGCGUGCUAUCACCUCUGUUAUGGGCAUGUGUAACCGCAUACAUGCUGCAUCGCGCCGAACUCCAGUCGGCCAACGCCUGGAUAGCCGACGACGUCACUGCAUAUGCUGACGACUUUGCCAGCGCCUUUGAUCUCAGUACGGUCGAAGAUGCCCGGGUCAUGACAAAACGCGUGCAGUCACUCUUUCAGGCGCUAGCAGAGGCGGGAAUGCAAGUGAACGCUGACAAGUCGCAUUUACUCUUGCGUGCCACUGGGGUUGCAUUACAGCAAUGGAUGAAGAAGCAUGAGAUCUCCGAGGUGUACGGCAACCUGCUGGGACUGCCGAAUCAAGCGCGAGAGACUCGCGAAGCGCUGGACACCGACAGACCGCCCAAGUGGCACCGCCCGUCGCACAAGGGCUUUGGCGAUGGGCGCGGAGGACGCCAAGGCAAGGAGCAGAGGUGGACACAGAAGGAGUGGGACUCGUGGGGCAUGAGCAGCUCCCAGAACUCCUUGAGCCAGGCAGUCUCGGGGGACGAACUGAGGGAAGUGGUUGCACUUCUGACGCGACUAGCCUUGCGCCACGAGGACACAGAGGCAGCCCUGAGAACGGACUGCUCGUUCCUCCUGUACAUGGACACACAGGGCAUGGGGAUGACGGCGCAGCUGUUCAAAAUCUCCCAAGAAUGGAAGGAGAAGAAAGAAGCAGUGCCGCCGCAAGUCAAGCAAAGCCUCAGGACUACCCUCCUCGUGUCGAUCAUGGUAGCAAUGCGGCAGAAGAUGGAGCAAGCGCUCACCCCGGAGAUGAGGCCGACGCUUGUCAAGCACGGAUGGAUCACAGCGGUGGACCCUCCGUCCUGGGCCUACCUACGCUGGAACCCUACAACGGAGCGCCAGGAAGUGGACAACAGCCGCCCGCCAUUGCCGCACUCGGAAGCCAUGAACGCCCUCACCAAGAUCAACGAGCUGGCAGGCCACGACGGGCUCCUGCACAAGUUCCACGCGACGCGAAAGAUGGCAAGCGAGUAUCGCUCACCGGUUCUGCCCUUCCUCAUCAUGGUCUCCACCGAGGAAAGGAUGAAGAGGCAGCCGCUCGCGAACCUACUCUCGCAAGCAGCCUCCAAUCUUCUGGAUCACGCCAACCCGCAGAUGAAUGCCGCCGCCGAUCAGAAGUCUGCUGCCGUGGAUGCCGCAUCUCCGGGUACUUGGGAGGCUCGUAGAGCCAGCGAGUCAGGGGUGGAGGUACGCGACCAAGCGUACUUAUGGCAGCCCAUUGCCAUGACGGUUGUUGGCCGUGACACAUGUCGGCUGCCGAUCUUCCAGAGCGGCCACUACCAGUGCGCCAUGUGCGCUGAGCGGCAAAUCUUUUUGUCAGAUGAUGGGGACAGCACGACUUUGUCCCAGUUUGCCUCUGCCUUCACUGCUCACCGACCGCACGCCAUGUCCACACCGACUGAUGCUGACCCGAUUGGGGACCGCAUGUAUGGAGCAUCUACACCGGAGGUGCCGUCUUCAGCUGAUGUCAUUUCAAACUGGACUGAGUAUGUGCAUGGGGCGGAGCCCAGAUACGCAGCUAGCCGAGAGGUGGUGGCCGAGGAUCAUGAAACGUUUCUUUUGAGUGCUCCCGUGUCGAAUGAUACGGUUGAGCAGCCUACGAAUCCCAUCGAGCAGUUUGCCUUUGAUUGCCUUCGGCGACAAGUCGUUACAUACGCAGACUUUGGUAUCUUGCUCAACAUGCUUGCUCAGGUGUUACCGCAGACCAAGCGCACCAGGGAGCGCAUCAACAUGGGAGUGACAUCGUUCGCCUUCCAGACGGGUGCGUAUGUUUUUGGUGGUGAGGCAGGCGCCAUGACCAAUGUGGGCACCUAUCCUCUCCUCACACGCUUGCUCGCGGCUACAGUUAAUGCCAGGUGCUCCGGGUUGCCCUUUUCCACUGUGACGCUCUGUUCCAACUUGCAGACGGGAUUACACAAAGAUUCGCACAACCAUCCGAUGCUCUCCAACAUUCUCAUCCCGAUUACUCGCUGGGAGUUUGGAGGCGCCCUAUGGAUUGAGGACGACUCAGGUAACAUCAUGCAUGAGGGCAUGCGUGGCAGGACUCUGGAUGUGACUCCGCCCUAUGUGCUUUUCAAUGCGCACCGUGCGCAUUGUACGAUGCCAUGGGUGGGAAACCGAUGUGUUCUCAUCGCCUAUCACAUUCGCGAUGGCUGGAGACUCUCGGAUGAUUGCUUACACCGGUUGCGAGCUAUGGGAUUCCCGAUUUGGACAGGUUCCUUCACGAACCUCUGCUGCGACAGCUGCGUCUGGCGGCGGAAGCAGACCGGUUCGAUCCGACUGAGUGGCGGCGGUUGCGGGUCGGCUCGGGACUUUGAAUCGAGAAACUCUGGGCCAGUUCGAACGAGUCAUUCGUUCUUCUACUGGGACGGUGUCUUCGACGAGAGCACGCGGGGAACUCGAGCCUGCACGGGAUUCUUAGAGGAGCUGCGCGAGCCGAGCCGACUGGCUGGAGCACUGAAGUCUUGGCUCUUCGGCAACAACAGGCCAAAGUGUUAUUUCUUGAGCUGUGCAUUAGCGUGUUGA